UAUUUCAGUUUUGUUUACCGGUGAAAGCAAAAAUUUUCCAUUUCCCUGCUAGCAUAAUUAGUUUUGCUACACAUUUUCACGGGUUGGUUGUGUGGAACAUAUUCUGACACGUUCGGCGACAACUGCCGCUAAUUAAUUAAAUUAAGUAGACCUGAUUUUAUCAGUGAUAUCUAAUUUUCGCGAAAUAUUGUGAAAGUUUGUUUUGUUCCAAAACGGCCUGUUUUCGCAUUUCAUAUUUUUUAUUGAGACGUGUCGCUUCGCAGAAUUUCGUUUAUCUGCCUGUGGAAAAUUCUGGCGUAUUGAAAUUUAUACACACCAACGCUUGGAAAAGUACUAAUAUAAAAAAAAUGGGUGACUGCGUUGUUAAUUUGGACAAAUGCUUUGAAGUUGUGUCACAGUUAGUGGACAAAGCUGGAGCGUUGGUGGCGAAACGUAAUGAAACACGUCAGGAGUUCGAAGAAAAAGCGAAUGAUAUUGAUUUGGUCACAGCCACCGAUAAGGAGGUGGAACAGAUGCUCAUUAAAGGACUGCUAGCGUCUUUUCCCGACCACAAGUUCAUUGGAGAGGAAGAGAGCGCCGCAGGCGGUGCACCAAAUAAAUUAACAGAUGCACCCACGUGGAUUAUCGAUCCGGUCGAUGGCACCAUGAAUUUUGUGCAUUCCUUCCCGCACUCAUGCAUUUCAAUUGGCUUGAAGGUGAAUAAGGUCACCGAAAUUGGCAUUGUUUACAAUCCAUUGGUGAACCAGCGUUUCACUGCGCGACGCGGACAGGGUGCAUUUCUAAAUGGACAACGCAUACAUGUGAGUGGGCAGAAGGAGUUGGGCAAAUCUUUGAUUACCACCGAAUUCGGUACAACGCGUGAUACUGAAAAGAUGAAGGUCAUUUUCGAAAACUUCCAGAAAAUUGUGCCUAAGGUGCAUGGUAUUCGCAUGCUGGGCGCUGCAGCGCUAAAUCUAUCCAUGGUUGCUCUUGGCGCGGCUGAUGUUAAUUUCGAAUUUGGCGUACAUGCUUGGGAUGUAUGUGCUGGCGAGCUACUAGUGCUUGAGGCAGGCGGUGUUGUCAUUGAUCCCACAGGUGACAAAUUCGAUAUUAUGUCACGACGUGUAUUGGCGGCUUCUAGUGAGGAACUGGCACAUGAAUUUGCUAAACAAUUGACGCAAUUCUAUCCACAACCACGAGAUGAUUAAGUUCGGACUAGAAUGAGGAACAUUUUAGGCUUGCGAAAGCAAAUGUGAGAUGCAUGCAUACCAAAGAUGAUGAUGGUGACAAAAAUUUGGAAAAAUUAUUUGAAAAAUAUAUAACGGUAAAUUAAUUAAAAUCAUGUGAAAACUGCGUGUAAUAUUUGUGCAAAUAUUAAUUCUAAAAAAAUAUAUUUAAUUUGUGUGUGUGAUUAAUAAAAUUUUAUUAAAGUACU